CAAUCAACUUUAGACGUUAGAAAAGGUUCUCAAACUUUUGCGAAAAACACAAUUUUUAUGCAUCUCAGAGACAAUUUUGCAUGUGGAGUUAUGAAUUGUUGAUACCUAUAACACGAUUUAGCAAGUAAUAGCACCAGACAAUCUCAUUUUUAUGCAUAAAUAAGUGGUUUUGGAACAGCGAAUUUCAAAAGUUUUGUAAGUGUUUUUGGCUUAAUUUAUGGACCACCCGGGAAUUGUUUUCGUUGAAAGUGCUUGAUGAAGAAUGUUUGAAAUUUUUCAUGAAUCCUUGUAUAAAGCAGGUGUAAGACACUUUAACGUAGGUAUAAGGCCAUAUUUUGGCAGUUUUGUCAAUUGAAAUCACUUAAAUUCGAGCGAUGGAUUUUUUCGGGCUGACCCAGUAUGGAUCCAGCAACCCUAUCAAAGAUAUGCUGCGGGACGAUUAUCAGGAGCUUCAAGAACCUCCCACCACCUACAUAGAUAACGAAUAUGACCACAGAACUUUUGCGGAAAAAAUCAAAGAGCUGGAUUGUUACAUUGGAACUGCAGAUGGGUACGCUUAUGGAUCGGAAGACCGGCUGUACAGGAUGCGCAAAAAAUAUCUAUUUAAACCGGUCGGCCCUACAAACAUGUUCAAACAUCCUGGGACGAAUUCCAUGAAUUAUGGAUGGUGGAACUGCGAUCCGGAACUAAGCAAACUUUCCAAGGAGGAGAACUGGUUUAAGCCCCGAGUGGUUCACUCUAUCAACACAUCGGAAAUGAGCAGGUUUAUCAAUUACUGUCUGACCAUUGAUAAGUUCUUCAAAAUGUGAUUAUAAAAAAAUGCAAAUAUAAAUUAUGGUAAUUGAA